AGGUUUCUGCAGAAGAAGAAGAAGCAGCAGCAGCAAAUCCUCCACCCGAACUCCCAAAAAUUCAAAUUUAGGACUUUCUCGAUGCCUCUUUUCGAAUCGAGGUGGUCUUCCGGUGAGAGUCUAACGCCCCUUCCUUGCCUUCUGCACGAUUUCGUCUGCCCUAGUUCAGGAACCAGUAACAAAGUGUAUGACUCUGCAACUUCUUCGAUCGGCGUCUGACUCUGCAACUUCAGCUUGGUGAAGCCAGAGUCUCCACCCUCAACACCAGCGCCUCUGUCCUGAAGCUCUCUGCUUUCUCAAUCACUGGGGCCUUCACACCAAUUUCAGGUCUGCUGCAUCAUUGUCGUCCUUGCAAGAUGUUGUAGUCAUCAGCCUACCCGCUGUGCUGCUCGUGAUCCCGAGCCUUCAUUGCUUCCUUCAGCUCUCUCCUUCGCAAUGCGGCCGGUCUCCUUUCUCUCUCUAUGAUCUGCUAUAGAGCUGAUUUUAGACCUGCUUAAGCCACUACUGCGUUAUUGCCAUAGCUGGAGCGGAAGUGGUGGAACUCUCAAUAGUUGAUCCUAUCCAACUGUGAAAAAUCCCUUAAUCCGACUGCUGAUUCACUCAUCACAUCCAUCCCUCUCCCUACCGUUGCAAUUUAAGCAUGAACAGGCUUCUAGCGAGGCGAUUUGCUGGAAAUUCUUGCCUCGUUAGGGUUCCUUGGAGAUCGUUUUGCGAUGCUGCUGCUGUGAAUUCAGGCACUGCCCAAGCUAAACAUGCUGAGAAGCAAAGGCUUACUAGUCACUCAGAAGAGUAUGAUGUUGCUAUCGUUGGUGGAGGAAUGGUUGGCAUGGCUGUUGCUUGUUCCCUAGCAAGCAUGUCGCUGACAAAACAUCUGAAUGUUGCCAUAAUUGAUAGUAAUCCUGCACUGGUCAACGGAAUUACCAUCAAGAAAGAGGAUCCUCCAGAUCCAAGGGUCAGCACUGUAACACCUGCAACUAUAUCCCUUUUCAAAGAGAUUGGUGCUUGGGAAUAUGUUCAGCAACAUCGGCAUGCAUACUUUGAUAAAAUGCAGGUAUGGGAUUAUACUGGCCUGGGAUACACUCGAUAUAAUGCAAGGGAUGUAAGUAAAGAAGUACUGGGAUGUGUUGUUGAGAAUAAGGUGCUUCAGAGUUCUCUCUUGUCAUGCAUACAGAAUGCAGAUAUUAGGAAGACAGUCUUUCCUGCCAGAUUAACUUCAAUGAACUUGAAUCCAUCCUCUAUUCCAACAGAGCUGAAUGGGACAUCUUCAACAUCUCCUUGGAGAGGCUUUGCAAGGCUGGAAUUGAGUGAUGGCACUUGCAUACAUGCAAAAUUGGUGCAGGUUGGAGCUGAUGGGUCCAAGUCAAAUGUUCGGGAACUAUCUGGGUUCAAGACAACAGGCUGGAACUAUGCACAGAAUGCGAUUAUCUGCACAGUUGAACAUACGGUAGAGAACAACUGUGCCUGGCAGAGAUUUCUUCCUUCUGGUCCUAUCGCCGUUUUACCAAUAGGAGAAAAUUUUAGCAAUAUCGUUUGGACUAUGAGCCCAAAUGAAUCAUCUGAACUGAAAUCUUUGACUGAGUCUGAUUUUAUUAAAUCUGUGAACCAUGCUCUUGAUUAUGGGUAUGGUCCACAUCCCAAGUCGAGUUCAGCAAGGGAUGGGGACCUCUCUUGGUUUGGAGCGGGUUUGACUUCUUCAGCUGGUGAGGGGUUCACAGUUCCACCAAGAGUGGUCAGAUUGGCUUCUGAAAGGAUGGUCUUUCCCUUGUCUCUGAAGCAUGCUAAUAGCUACGUUGCAAAGCACGUGGCUUUGGUUGGAGAUGCAGCACACACCGUUCAUCCUUUGGCAGGUCAGGGGGUGAAUUUGGGUUUUGGCGAUGCAUUUGCUCUUUCCCGAGUCAUUGGUGAGGGUAUUGCUGUUGGGUCAGACAUCGGAGAGGUCUCGUUGCUCAGGAGAUAUGAGGCAGAGAGGAGACCUGCAAACAUUGUGAUGAUGGCGAUUCUGGACGGGUUUCAGAAGGUUUACUCUAUUGACUUUGGACCUUUGAACAUAGUAAGAGCUGCCGCUUUCAAUGCUGCAAACUACUUCUCGCCACUCAAGAGAAACAUUAUAUCAUAUGCCUCGGGCGAGCAAAGACUGCCGCUUUUCACUUAAGAAGUUGAAUUUUGCUAGUCAAUCAAUGUUGCAAGUUGGUAGCUUUGUGACUAAUUUCUAUAUAAAAUGCUAGCUUUACUUCAAAAAAGUGGAGACUUCUUUUCCGUUUCCUUUCUGUUUCUUUUCGUGUUGUUUGUUUUUCUUCUCUGUUUUGGCCUUAGCUCUUUCAGACUCUCGUAAAAGAAUGUAUAAAGAGUGCAGUACUGGUUCAUCAGUUGUAGCAGGUCUUGUCUCA